UGGGCUGCGCAGGCGGCGGGGCCGGCAGCAGCGACCGCGGCGGGAAGGGCUGUCCCAGGGCUCGGCGGCGGCGGGGACGAUGCCGGUCCAUUCCCGGGAGAAGAAGGAGAACAACCACGAUGAGAUGGAGGUGGACUACGGGGAGAAUGAGGGCAGCAGCUCGGAGGAGGAGGAGACCGAGAGCUCGUCCGUGUCUGAGGAGGGGGACAGCUCAGAAAUGGAUGAUGAGGACUGUGAAAGAAGAAGAAUGGAGUGUUUAGAUGAAAUGUCCAAUCUUGAAAAGCAAUUUACGGACCUUAAAGAUCAACUUUACAAAGAAAGGUUAAGCCAAGUGGAUGCAAAAUUACAAGAGGUCAUAGCUGGAAAAGCACCUGAAUAUUUAGAACCUUUGGCAGCUUUACAAGAAAAUAUGCAAAUCCGAACCAAGGUGGCAGGUAUCUAUAGAGAGCUUUGUCUGGAAUCUGUGAAGAACAAGUAUGAAUGUGAAAUUCAAGCCUCUCGACAGCACUGUGAGAGUGAAAAGCUUCUGUUGUAUGAUACUGUACAAAGUGAACUAGAAGAGAAGAUUAGAAGACUUGAAGAAGACAGACAUAGCAUUGACAUUACCUCAGAAUUAUGGAAUGAUGAGCUACAGUCCAGGAAGAAAAGGAAAGAUCCUUUUAGUCCAGAUAAGAAGAAACCUGUUGUUGUAUCAGGCCCCUAUAUAGUUUAUAUGCUGCAAGACCUUGAUAUCCUUGAAGACUGGACAACGAUAAGGAAGGCGAUGGCUACACUGGGCCCACACAGAGUCAAGCCAGAACCACCUGUCAAAUUAGAAAAGCAUCUACAUAGUGCUAGAUCUGAAGAAGGAAGACUCUAUUAUGAUGGAGAGUGGUAUGGACGUGGACAGACAAUAUGCAUUGAUAAGAAAGAUGAGUGUCCUACAAGUGCCAUAAUUACAACGAUUAACCAUGAUGAAGUUUGGUUUAAAAGACCGGAUGGAAGCAAGUCCAAGCUGUAUAUUUCUCAGCUACAGAAAGGAAAAUAUUCAAUAAAGCAUAACCACAACUGACCGCUGCUAACCAGUUAUGAAACAAAGUUGUAUUGUCAUGCUUGAUGUGCCAUGGAAUGAAAGUUUUAUUUAAUAGCAUUUUGUAUUCCUUAUAAAUUUACAGCAGUAUCUGAUGUGUAUUUGUAGUGCUGUAUGUAAACUUCAUAUGGACGGCCUUGUAAAACCUAAGGAUGAUGUUUUACCUCUAAAUGGGUCCAGUGCCUAAGACAGGAAGUAUGCUCUUCAAGUGUAAUGGCUCAGAACUUCUCAUACCUGUAAAAUGGAAAAAAAGAAAAGAAAAAAUGACACUUUUGUUUUCCAUUGGUGACCAAUUGAUGUGAUAAAAAUGAUAACCACAAUUACCAGCAACUCACUUCGCUUUCAGUGAACAUGUCACGCUUCUCUUGUGGAUGUAAAUUUAGCCUGUUGAGUUAUUGCUUUUGAAUAGAUUGUAACAUGCAAAGCGGAGCGAUUUAUUACAAUUAAUGCCCUCAACAGCUCUGCUAGUACUGGCUGUGUUAUAUAUUGUAAGGUUUACUAUAUUACUUGUAAUGAGAAAGCUGAUAUUUUGAGCUAUAUUUUUAAGGAACACUCUUCUAAUUUACGAUCCUUGUCUAUAGUAAACAAAUUGUUGGUUUUCUUCUUCCCCUGAUUAUCAGCAAAAUAGCUGCAUAAAGUAGCUCCAACCUGUGUUGUGUGUAGCCCACAAAGAACAACUGCGGGGAUGGCUGUGUAAAUACUGUUGCAUGCUCUACUCAUUUGGUCCACAGUUGUAUGAAAUACUAUGAAUCUUUUUUUUUUUUUUUCAAAUGGAAAAGGAUUUCCACAGAAAUUAUAUAACUGGGCAAAAUUACACAGACCUUUUCACCAAACACUAUUUUCCAAUUUUCUGUAGCCUACUUCAUCGUAUUGUACACCAGAAUUAUUUCUUGCAGCUUAAUUUCUGUUAAAUCUUACUGUUUAUGCCACGGAGAAACGUCCUAAAUCCUUGACGUUACUGUGAUGUUCUUGGAGCAUCUAGAAUGAUAGAUAGGGUUAUUAAUGCGUUGGUUAUGUGCACUUUAAUCUCCAUGUACGAUGAUUCCUCUUGGAGAAAGAAAGCAUCUAUUUGCUUUAAAUGGUCACAGCAAAUAAGUAUUUUUAUUGUAACAUAUAAAUGUUUUAUUCCUAUAUUAAUUGUCUCUUCUAGUGCAGGGUAGUAACUACUUUCCAAAUGCCAAAUCAGUUUCUCCCAAGUGAUGCUUUUCUACAAUUGUAUGACAUUAUUAAUCAAAUGUACAUAAAGUAUCAGUUGACAUGUUGGCUUUUAACAAUAAUGACCUGUAUGUAUACAGUUGUUUGAUAAACUUUUUGUAAUGAAAUAUUUGUAUUUUUUAACUUAGUAUAUAAAUAAAUGAUCUGUGGUAGUGGACAUUUGUGUGU